CUGUAAAGCCGCUUUGGGAAACACUGAUUUCCUGUCAUAUGCAAAUGAGGCGUCCACGUCAUCGCCCCGCCUCUCGAGAUUUUACUUUCACUUUCUUCUUACAGAAAAACAAAAGCUGCUGCUGAAACCUGCUAAGAGAAAACAACAGAAAAAUGGCUGGUGAGGUGAGGACGAUUCGGGUCAGUGGUCUCCCCAUGGACGGUUCUGAAACUCGGCUAGUGGACAAACUCCAGAUCCAUUUCCUGCGUAAGAAGAACGGUGGAGGUGAGAUCAGCUCGGUCACGGUCUCCAAGGCGGCACCCGGGACGGCCUUCAUCACGUUCGAGGAGCCUGAGGUUGCCUCGAGACUCGCUCAGAAAGGAAAGCAGGUCUUUAAAGUAAACGACAGAAACUAUGACAUCACCAUCAGCCUUCAUCAUGGAGAAGUGGAUGUAGAUAAAGUCCUGUUGCGUAUGACGGUGUUGGUGGACCACAGGAGGCUCCCGCAAGGAAAAAACACCCUCUUGUCUUUGCAUAGAGGUUUUCCAGACGUGCGUUUGGUUUUUGACGAUCAGAAACAUCUGUGCACAGUGAACGGACGUUACAGCGAUGUUCAGACUUUUAGCAGCCUGGUGCUGGACUCACUGGAAUCUCAGGACCAGAGCCCAGGUGAUACUCCACAACUGCCCCCUGAGGAACCCACCAACAUCCACUUCGGGGCAAAUGAAGACGUUGGGGUAUUAAAAAACACCACUGUGAGUGCAGAUUUGGAUCUUGACCUGGAGCAUAAAACAAAAAGGAAAUCGGGUUUACCUCUGCCAUGUAGUUACAGCGAUCAAGCGUCGUGUGCAGCUUUAACAGACGACACAUGGAACUCAUCAGCAACUAUCGGAACCUCGUUUGAAGACUUCUCCCUGAUUGUCGAUUCAGACAUUUUCCGUUAUCUCCACAAGUACUGCUCCAUGGAGUACCAAAGCAUCCUCAGGCGGCAUAGCGUAGAGGUCCUGGAUGUGAACUGUGAUGACAUCACGACUUUGUAUCUCAAACCAGAAACAGCUCGGUCUGAGCAUGACUUAGGUUCUGUUAAAAAAGCCCAUGAAGAUCUGGCCAAACUUUACCAGCACCAAGAGUCGCAGUUACGCAAGGAGCAGGUUUUUAAGCCUGACGUUCCAGAGAAGGAACUCGCACGUGCUCUGGAGUCGCUCAGAGUGAAGAUGCCCAGGCUGAUGAUUGAUGUAGAGGACAGGAAUGUGUACAUGGUGGGAAGUAAAAGCGAAGUAUCUGAAGCCAAGCAGUUUAUUGGUGAUCUGCAAGGGUUUGGGAUGGGGAAAGAUGUGUUUGCUUCAUCUCAAUCAAGGAUACAAGGAAGUGCAGCAGCAUCAGAUCCACCAGGUGGUUUUUCAGCAACGCAUCAGGAUUCUCAUGAGUUAUUCAUGCCAAAGAAGGACCUCCAGGACACAAACCAAAUAAAGACUUUCAGGGAAUCUUCUAGCAAAAGAACACACUAUUACGCUGAACUGAAAGAGACUGAUGUCAUCUCACAAAGUGGACAAUUCACCUCGAGUCAAAGAAGUGAGAAUUCAACAGUAGAUAUAUUCUCUCUCAGAAGAACUGAUGUUCCACAAGCAAGACAUGUCCCAAGUGAUCCAGAAUGGAUGGAGCUGGAAAAAAACAAAUACACAGAUUCUCACUUUCAGUUUUCCAAUCCUUCUGCUCCGUUAGACUUCACCUCAGGGGGAACUGACCUCCAGAGCCAAUCGGACGUCAGAGGAACAGGCUCAGAGACACUAAACAAGUCGAGUAAAGAACACAAGAACAAACAAACCGAGUCUGGAAAGGAACGAAAACUGGCGGCCAAUUUCGCCUUACAGGAUUCAACCUCUUACAAAUCGGAUCCUCCAAAAUUGCACGAAGGUUCUUUUGAAAAGGAGACGCUUUCCGACAAUGGACAUCCACACCCUCGUCCUCUCAUCAAGCCAUCGAUGACUAGUAGUCUGGACACGAACACCUUGCGUGGUAUCAUGAGUGCUAAAACCACCACUAGAAAGCUGGAACUCGGACAUGACAAGAAACCGAACCUGACUUCAGCUGGUUUGAGUGGAGACCAAGGUGUCAGAUCUCGUCCCACCAUUCCUACCAGCGCAGGAUCGACCCUGAGAAGGUCCAAUAGCUUCAGUGGCAGGAUCCAAAAGGGUGAGAACAAAACGCAAGUGGCUGAAGAUCUCUCCGCUGGACAAAAGGGAUUAAGCUGUAAUUCUCCAACGAGAGAAAUUGCUGCUAUGGAUUUGGUUUUGCCUUUUAAACUGUGGCUCUACCUGACAUCGGUUUAUAAUACUGAGAUCGAGAACAUGACAUCUGACCUACAAGUUAAAGAAAUAUUGGGUGAAGAUGGUCUCACAUUAUGUCUAAAAGGCGUGGACUCAGAAAAAGUGUAUGAAUGUCACCGUCGCCUGAAGAGUUUCAUUGCUACAGCUGAAAUGGACUUUGAGGCAAGAACUGUUCCACUUUCUGAUCUUCAAGUGUCCGAUAACAAGGAUAAGACCUUAAUAGAAUUGUGUAUAUUAAUGAAGCAGCGCUUUAAGAUGGUUAAACUUCUAGCAAUGUCCAGCGACGUGAUGAUCCUCGGCCCGAGAUCGCUGUGCGACGAGGUGGAAGCUGCUAUGAUCAAGACCUUCCGUAAAGAUGGAAACGCUGCAAACUCGAGGCCGUCUCCUGGUCCUGCUAGCUUACAUACAAGCAAAGCAUCGAACAGCGAUUUCGAAUCACUUGGCAACCAGUCGACAGCUUCGGCAAAACCAGAUGCCGACGUUGUUCAGACAUCUGACCCAAAAAAUGCUCAAUCGGCAACAAAGGUCCUUCACAAAGACAAUAAACGUGGAACCCAGACAUCGAUACAAGGCGAAUCGGAUCAAAAAGAUGGUGGGAUCACGAACAAGAAGAACAGAGGGACCUCAUGUGGCGAAUCGAUCCAAAAAAACAAAGCAGACGGCGAGAGAGUAGGAGACGAUACGAGCAGAUCUCAAAGCGACCAAAGCGUAACCGAGCAACCGAACCCAGAUGUUUCCCCGGACCGAAGAUCAGCAUCAGCGUCAAAUCACCACCUUUUCUGCUACGUGUGUGCGAAAGAGUGCGACACGGUAAAACAGGCGGCGUGCGGUUAUAACUUCUGCGCCGAAUGCGACAAAAAGGUUCAUAACAACUGUGGAAUUUGUGUUACGUCUGGUAUCAAAGGUACCAUGUCGAUUCAGGAGUCAACAAUAACUAUUCCUGGAUUUACCCGAGACACGACGCUGAAGAUCGUCUACGACAUACAUGAUGGAAUUCAAGGGGAGGAACAUCCCUGCCCUGGAGCUCCUUUUAAAGGGAACAGAUUCGAAGCCUUUUUACCGCUUAACAAAACCACAAAAAAGCUUCUGCCCCUCCUGAAGAAAGCUUUUCACCAAGGACUUACCUUCACCGUGAAAGAAGGAUCUUCAGAUGACGAUGGAAGCAAAGAAGGAAGAGUGGUUUGGGGCAGCAUUCCUCAUAAAACCAAGACAGAAGGAGGAACAUCUAAGAACGGUUAUCCUGACUCCACCUACAUCAGACGUUUGGAUGAUGCGCUGAAGGCAGCAGGAGUGACAGAAUAAAUGCUUUUCCUGAAUGAAUGCAGCUUCCUGUUGAACUGUGGUAUCUGUGAUCAUGAGCUCAGGUGAACACCAUGUUCUCCAGAUGUCGGUAUUGGUUCCCCUCCAGUUUCCUGAUUUCCUAAUUUUUUUAACAUUAGCAUCAAAAAUAUUAUACUUGAUUGACUAUUUGGUAUUUUAUUAUUCCUGUUUAUUAAAAAACACGAUUUAGUAGUGUGUCCAGAGUGCACCAAUGUGCAGCAAUGCCUUCUGGGUAAGUGUGGUUUGUAACAUAUUAAUAUGAUGUGAUAUAUCAGUAAUAUAUAAUUGAAUAAACGCUUCUGUCUCAGAAUUAAUCAGCGUUAAAGAAAGCUUUCUGGAUGAUAAAGCUGAUUUUAUGAAGAUAUACUAUACACCCUAAAGUAUUUGGACACUUUAGUAUAAAAGCUCUAUAGCAGAAGAUCCAAAUUCAACCCAUGAAAAAAGCAGAUUUCAGUAUAUAGUUAUUAUAAUUGUAGUAUAGUUGUGUAACUGCAGGGGGCGCACAAGCACUACUCUGGUUAUUACAGUGCUGUUAAUUUCAUCUGAUGAAAUCAUGUAAAUAAAUAUGAUGUUAAAUGAA